AUGCCUGAUGCAGUGUGGAGCCCAGAAUCAUGUAAAAUAUGUACUUGUCAUGACCCUGUGGUAUUUUGUGAACCAAUCAGAUGUUCUGAUCCUCAAUGUGAUUAUCGAAAAGGAGAACAUUUAGAGAUAAAAGCCAAUGAGUGUUGUCCUUCAUGUGUCGGCCAUCUUAAACCCUGUAGUUUUCAAGGUCAAUCCAUACCUCAUAACGUCUUGUGGAAUCCAUCCUCUUGUACAAGUUGUUACUGUGAUAAUGGCAGUAUUUAUUGUCAGAACGUAACUUGCAACAGACAGCAGUGUCAACCAGGGGAGAUAAGUCAAGAUUUACCAGGAAAAUGUUGUCCCAAAUGUAUACCAGUCGGACGGUCCUGUUCAGAUUAUGGGGAAAGACAUAAUUCUGGUUUCCAAUGGCAGCCAUUACCAUGUACUAAAUGUUUUUGUAAUGCUGGAGAAACAAAAUGUCUACCUCAACAAUGCCCUCCAAUUAUUUGUUCAGAGGGUGAAGAAUCAACCAGAUUACCUCAAGAAUGCUGUCCCUCCUGUAAAUUCAGGUCUUGUUACCAUAACAACAAAUAUUAUCAGCAUGGUCAAACAUGGUCACCUGAUGUGUGUGAAAAUUGUGUUUGUUACCAUGGAAAUGUGAAAUGUAGUCAAGAUCAAUGUGAACCUGUUCAAUGUAAACGGGGAGAGAUCCAGAUACAACGUAAAGAGGAAUGUUGUGAAGAAUGUGUUCCUGAAUCGGACAUUGUCUUUGUGUGUCUGUUUAUGUUAUUACGUGGUCAAUCUUACCUUCUAUGCACUUUGCUUAAUCUAUUAUACAUAAUUACAAAUCUAGAUCAAUGUUCAUGGAAUGGAACAGAUUAUUACCAGGGAGAUUUUUGGAAGAUUGGUCAAUGUGAAUAUUGUGCCUGUCGCCAUGGUUCGGAGUGCUCUCUUGUUGGUUGUCAACGCAUCACCUGUGAUAAGGAUGAAGUAGAAGAAAAGUUGGAGGGAGAAUGUUGUCCUAGAUGUGUCAAACCUAAAACUUGUUCUUUUGAUGGUGGAACAUAUCAGAUUGGUGAUUCUUGGCAGCCAGAUUCCUGCUCUAUUUGUCAAUGUAAUGAGAGUCAGGAUAUUGUGUGCUACCAACAGUCUUGUCCUGUGUGUCCAGAAGGAAGUUUUGCUGAUGUGCCCCCAGGACAAUGUUGUGGAGAGUGUAGAAAAGCUCAGUGUAGUCCUGAAUGUGAGACUUGUCUACCCACCAAUUCUCAUUAUUGUUUACAAUGUCGUGCUGUUAAUAAACUGGUGCAAAAUGGAAGGUGUGUUGAUCAAUGUAGUGAGAGAUACUAUCAAGGGCAAAGUAGACUAUGCCUAGAUUGUGAUGAAAGUUGUAGAACGUGUAAUGAAGGUACCAGAUACCAUUGUGAAUCAUGCCAUGCUGGUCGCUAUUGGCAACAUGGUGAAUGUGUCCCUUCAUGUGGCUUUGGUUUUUAUCUCCUCAACAGAAAAUGUUUAGCAUGUGAUGAUGGGUGUAGUUCAUGUAUUGGUCCUGAGGAAGACCAGUGUUUAUCUUGUACUGUGGCAGAUCAGGUCUUAUUGGAUGGAAAGUGUGUUGAUUUUUGUGGUCCAAAAUAUUUUUUACAACAAAAAGAAUGUCGUGAUUGCCCAGCAAGCUGUAAAUCUUGUUUACCAGACAGUGCAAUGUGUGCUUCAUGUUAUGACUCUACUCUGUACCAUGAUGGACAGUGCCUGGUUGAAUGCCCAGUGGGAUUCUUCCCAUCUCAAGAUGGAAGAUGUUAUGCUUGUCAUCCAUCUUGUGAAAAUUGUUUUGGAUCAAACCUAUCAGAGUGCCUGAGUUGUCACAGUGAUUCAAGACUAAAUAAUGGAAUAUGUGAAUCCAGAUGUCAAAAGGAACAAUUUUAUCAUAAGUCAUCAAAACGUUGUAGAGCUUGUAGCCCAGAUUGUUCAGAAUGUGUUGAAGAUCUUGAAGGAUUGGAAUCAGUCUGUAUUCGUUGCAAAGAUCCAUCAUCCAUUCCGUCUGGCAGUUCUUGUCAUAAGAAUUGUCUUCCAGGAUUUUAUGCAGAUUCUGAUAUUUGUCACAAUUGUGAUGCGAUGUGCGAGGUUUGUGAAGGUCCUGGAAAAUGUAUCUCCUGUUUUACACCAUAUUUGGUUUAUCAAGGGCACUGUGUCAAGUCCUGUGGAGUAGGAAUGUAUCCAAAAAAUGACAAAGAAUGCCAAGCUUGUUCUGCUGGUUGUUUGAAAUGUUCAACCAGUGAAAACUGUUUGAUGUGCGAUAAUCCCAGUGUUUUACAUCAAGGUGUAUGUGUUUCACAAUGUCCCUCUAGUUACAUCAAAACUUCCAAAACAAGAAAAUGCAUGGCCAAUGAAUAUCCACCAGAUUUUCAAUCUCUAAGUCACCUGAGAGUUACUGAAAAUGGAGUUUCAUCAUUAACAAGUGAUUUGUUUUAUCUACAUGAUCCUGAUACACCAAUUUCUGAUUUGAAAAUAUAUAUAAUACAACCUUUAACCAGUGGUGACCUUGUCAAGGUUGUUGAAGGUCGUGAUCAAAUCAUGAAAACAAAUGACCAUUUCAUUUUUGAUGAUUUACGUCAUGGGAAAAUAAGGUUCAUGCAACAAGUAUCUAGUAAUAAUCUAAAUGAUGAAAUCAUUCUUCAUGCAUCAGAUGGUCAACUGUAUAGUGAAAGAGUGAGAGUACCAAUAUAUGUUACAUCUAGUCAACCAAUCAGUGUAACUGUAAAUAAACCUCUACUAGCAGCUAGUACUGGACUCACUGUACUCAAUUCAAAAACCAUAAAUAUAGAUACCAACUCUGACCCUAGAACUGUCAAAAUAGACAUCAUUCAAGGUCCUUUACAUGGACAACUCGUCAACCAACAGUCAAACCGUCCCAUCAGUAGUUUUACAUUAGAAGACUUAUAUAUUGGAGGUGUGGCCUAUGAUAAUUCUGCCAAUAGGAGUAUAGGACAGGAUAUGAUGCUGUUACAAGUUAUGAUGGGAACACAACCAUUGAAUAUUAUUAGUGAAAUUAAGUUGAGAGAAAAGGAUAGUAAAAAACCAGUUAUCAUCAAUAAUAAAGGUGUCCUGGUUGUACGAGGAGAAACAGUUGAGAUAACUUCUGACAUGUUAAAAACACGAGCUAUGGAUAUAGAGACAUCAGGGUCUAAUGACAUUAUCUAUACACUUACUCCCUCUACCAAUAAUCCUCUAAACGGUGAGGUAUUAAUGGUAGUGCCUAUUCCUGUCAGUGGAGCAGGCAGAGGUUGGAGAAAUUUAGGAGAUGGAACAAUGGCUGCCAAGAUGUAUAGAUUCCUUCAACGAGAUGUAAAUGAAGGUAGAAUCUGGUACAAACAUAAUGGUAAACAGACAAAAUCAGACAUCUUCACCUUUGAGGUUGCUGACAUGUCUAAUCCACCAAAUAAAGUAAAAGACUUAACAUUCAAGAUUACUGUACUGGAUGAUAGAUAUGAAGAAUUUGCUGAGCCAACAAUUGCUCCAGGAGUAAGAUUGGGAAUGACGGUGUUGGAAAAUCAGCUGGUUCCAAUCACAUCUGCUCAUUUGACAUAUGAAGACAGCGGCACCAUAGCAAAAGAUAUUGUGUAUUCUAUUACAACCUUAUUAGGAGAUGAUGAAGGAGCUGUUGAACAUAUUGAGGUGCCAUUCAAACCAGUUUUACGUUUCACCCAGGAUGAUAUUAACAAUAAUCGUAUUGUAUAUCGACCUCCUGUUACUGAAAUAGGUACUGAGGAACGUGAAGUUAUGUUCAACUUUAUAGUUACGGAUGAAGCAAAAAAUCGUCGUCUACCAGAACAAAGAUUUUCUAUCAGAAUACUUCCAGUCAAUAAUAACCCACCAAGAUUUCUGGUUCCAAAUCCAGAACUGACUGUAUCUCAAGGAGGAACGACUCCUGUGUUACAAGUAUUUGAUGUUUCGGAUGCUGACACAAAUGAAGAUGAUUUGGAAUUUAUUUUGACUGUUACACCAUCUGAAGGUCACCUUGAGAAAGUUGUUGAUGACCAAAAAGUUCUGUUACGUAGAGGAGAAAGAUUCCACCUGAAAGAGGUUAAAUCUGGUAUAUUCCAAUAUGUACACCAUGGAGAGGAUGCCUUGUUGAAGGAUGUCUUCCAUGUUGCUGUUAGUGAUGGCCUUCACCAGGUCACUACUAAGGUCAAGAUCAAUAUAUUAAGAGUAGAUAAGUCAGCACCCUUCAUGUUACCUACAGCAACCUGUCAUGUCAAUGUUACUGAAGGUCAUUCUGUUACUAUAAAUAGACAACUUCUUGCCUUUGGUGAUUCUGAUGAUCUUGAUGCAGAUCUUACCAUCAUUCUCAGUAGUGAACCAUUCUAUGGAAAACUUAUGGUAGGCGGAGUUGAGAAACGAGUCCUACAAUCUGGAAGUUAUUUCUUCCAAGAAGACAUCAACAGAGGUCAUUUAAGCUACAAGGCGGAUUCUGAGAUUGGUAACAAGGCAAUAACUGAGUUGAUCUAUUUUAAUGUCACUGAUUUAAGUCGUAAUUUAUUACCUAGUCAGAUAUUAUCUGUUUUAAUUCUGCCAUUGAAUGAUCAGACACCAAUGGUUACAGUUGGUCCUAAUAUAGAGGUAGAUGAAGGUGAAAGUGUUAUUAUUGGUAAUAAUGUAAUUAGUGUAACUGAUGUUGAUACACCUGUAUCAAAGUUACAGGUAGUUAUUGAUACACAUCCUAGAUUUGGACAGAUAAUCAACACAGAUUCUGAAGGUGACAGGACAUCUGUGACAUCAUUUCCUGUUCAAGAUUUAUUAGAUAGGAAAAUGAUUUAUAACCAAUCAGAUCAUUUAAACAAAGAACCAGUUUGGGAUGGAAUUCUCUUUCAUGUAACUGAUGGAGAAAACACAUCUCCACCAAAGAGGCUGAACUUCACAAUAUUGCUCAUUAACGAUGAACCUCCCGAAAUUAUCACUGAACAACUGUUUGUACAAGAAGGUCGUUUUGUUACCCUGACCAAUGCCUCUAUGUUUGUCUUGGAUAUUGAUACUGUACCAGAGGAUCUAGUGUUUACACUGGAUAUACCACCUUCUCAUGGUUCUUUAAGAAAACAAGAAUACAUCAGAGAUACACCAUUUACAGCUACAUUAUUGACAUCAGGAUCAGUGUUUACUUAUCAGGAUAUAUUAAAUGAGUUGAUUGUAUACCACCAUAAUGAUGAAGAAGUGACUACUGAUAUGAUACAACUGUCUCUUACUGAUGGUGAAUUUAAUGAUACCAAGUCAGUCAAUAUUAUAGUAGGCUUAAUCAAUGAUGAAACACCUAGGAUGACCAUCAAUAGAGGCUUGAGAAUAACUCCAGGAUCCAGGACAGUGAUAACAUCCAGUAUUUUAAAAGCAACAGAUUUAGAUAGUGAAGACUCUAGUAUUAUUUAUACUCUAUCUAGAGAUUCUACUAUUGGUAGAUUAAUAUUUAAAGAUGGAGACCUGUCAUAUAAAAUAUCAACAAAAAGUCAACAUCAGAAAUUUACACAGAAUGAUAUCGAUAGGGGGCAUAUCAUGUUUAUACAUAGAGAAGGUUCACGACCUGGUCUCAGAAGAGAUGUAAUUAAAUUUAAACUAUCUGAUCCUGAUGGUAAUGAUUUGAUAGAUCAAGAUUUCUUUAUUUCAAUAUUAGAAGAUCGUUAUCCACCAACAAUAGUAGUUAACAAACAGUUUACAGUAGAAGAAGGCAGAAGGCAGAAGAUAACAACUGAUUUCCUGUCAUCUAAUGAUGUAGAUUCUGAAACUGGUAGUUUGAUCUAUGAGAUCAUUGAUGGACCAAAUUUAGGUCAUCUAGAAUUAACAUCUGAUCCAGGAAUACCUAUUAUAAGAUUUAGUCAGUCUGAUUUAGCAGCAGGCAGUGUUAAAUAUGUCCACACUAGCCUUGAAGAGAAUUUUAUGGAUAGAUUUAUUUUUUCUGUAACUGAUGGUACCAAUGAGAUUGUUAAGACAUUCCAGAUUAUGUUGAACCCUGUAGAUGAUUCUAUACCAAUAAUAGUAAAUAAUGGGCUGAUAGUACAGGAAGGAGUGAGAAAACUUAUUACUGAGUUUGAUCUCAAGGCGACUGAUAGAGAUACAAAGGAGGAUUAUUUGAUAUUUACCAUAAUUCAACCACCUGUUCUUGGCACCAUUAAUAUAAAACAGGGGGAUGAUUUUGAAGUAGUGUCAAAAUUUACAAUGGCAGACAUUUAUGAGAACAGAAUCAGUUAUCAACAUGAUGGGUCUGAGAAUUUCCAGGAUACAUUUAAAUUUACUGUCAGUGAUGGCACUAAUGCUGAAUUCGCUGUACAGAAUGGAGACUCUAAUGGAGUGGUGCCAAUUUCUACACCACAGCAUUUCAAGAUCAAAAUACUACCAACAGAUGAUGGUAGUCCAGUUGUACACAAAAAUCUCGGACUCCAAUUUCUUGAAAAAUCAAGGAAUAUGAUAACUAACCUUAUAACAGAUGAACAAUUAUUAGUAACUGAUGAAGAUACACCUGAUGAUCAGAUAGUUUAUAUUAUUAAAACUCCACCUAAAUAUGGUCGUAUAGAACAAACUUCAUAUCUUGGUAGUUCAAUCUCUUCAUUUACUCAAGACGAUCUGAAUUCUGGGAAGAUUCGAUAUGUUUUAACUGGAAAUCCACCAACCAACCAGGAUAGCUUUUUCUUUAAUGUUCAGGACAGUAAACCUAAUGUUGUCCCUGGAAAUACCUUCUAUAUUUUAUGGUCUGUUUUAAGUUUUGAAAAACCAUUGAUUAAUGUAACAGAGUCAGCUGGCAUAAUACAAAUACCUGUCCAUCGCCAUGGUAACCUUAAACAGUAUUCAAUUGUGACUUGUAAAACCAAGGCAGGAUCAGCAACUUCCAAACAACUAUCAACAAGACCUGGUGUUCAAGACUUUAUUUCUCAUAAAGGACAGGUUCAAUUUGAUGAAUGGCAGGAUACUAAACUAUGUACUAUAAUAAUUAAUGAUGAUUCUUUGUAUGAAGGACCAGAAACAUUUUACAUAGAACUAGAAUCACCAGUGUAUGCAGUCUUAGGAAACAUCAGUAAAUCUUCUGUUACUAUUUAUGAUGAGGAAGAUGCUCCUGUCAUAGAGUUUACAAGUGAUAUUUAUCAAGUAGAAGAAACAGAUUCUUAUGCUACAAUAACAUUAACACGUUCAGGAGAUCUGAGCAGUAUGGUGUCAGUAAUCUGCUUUACUAUGUCAUUAACAGCAACAGGGAGCAGCCCAACCGGUCUAGAAACAGGCUCUGACUUUAUUACAAGAUCUAAAUCAAACGGUAACAGAGUUAUCUUUCCUCCAGGCAUUACUAUGGCAACUUGUGAUGUCAAGAUAAUAGAUGAUAGUAUAGCAGAGACAACAGAACAAUUUGAAGUUAGUUUAGUCGAUGUUUCAUUACCAGGAAAGCUUGGGGUUCUAGAUACAGCUACUGUGAUCAUAGCUGGACCUAAUGAUGAAUCAAUGGUAUAUUUUACCAGUGAUAGUAUCAAGGUUUUAGAGAAUUCAGGUACUGUAGAAGUAGAGGUUUUUCGGGAAGGUUCUGAUCUAACCCAUAGUACAAUGGUGUGGUGUGCAACACGACUGUCAUCACCACCAUCAGCCAAUCCUGGUCAAGAUUACAUUCCCAGUUCAAGUCAAAUAACGUUUGGUCCUGGACAAACUGCUCAGAAAUGUGAAAUCAGUAUAUUAGAUGAUGAGUUUGAACCAAGGUUGGAAGGAAAUGAAACAUUUCAAGUUUUUCUCAACUCUGCAGUUGGGAGUACCUUAUCUGAACCAUACAUUAUGACAAUGGUUAUUUCUGAUGAAACACUUGACAUUCCAAGAAUUGGUUUUAUUCAAGAGAAGUAUUCCAUUGAUGAAUUUAACAAAACUUUAAAUGCAACAGUCAUGAGAACAGGAGACUUGACGAUCAAGACUUCGGUGAUUUGUUAUACCAGGCAGAAAUCAGGACAUGUUAUGAUGGAUUAUGAAGAACGUAUUCGAGACAACAGUUCAAGAAUUGUCUUCCUUCCUGGAGAAAAGUUUAAAAACUGUACUGUAAACAUAGUAAAUGAUGAUGAAUUUGAAGAAAAUGAAACAUUUCUGCUACGUUUGACCUUGCCUGAAGCUGAAGGAGGUCAGAGAGUAGAGAUAGAUGAUAUUGAUAGAAUUAUUGUUACUAUUACCAACAAUGAUGAUGUUCCAACAAUAGAAUUCUCAGAGAUAGCAUACAGUGUUAAUGAACCUAGCAUUAUGGAUCAGAUAACCACAGUAACAGUAAAGAUUAGAAGGUCAGGUGAUGUCAGAAAAAUAUCAAGUGUAAGAUGUAGUACUCGAGAUGGUUCAGCACAAUCAGGAUUAGAUUAUAAUCCUAGAAGUUCUUUACUUAAUUUUCUACCAGGUAUGGUGGAGCUUGAUUUUCCAGUAGAUAUACUGUACAACAGUGACAUUGAAUGGCAUGAAUCAUUUACAGUUCAACUUGGACCUGAAACACCAGUUGGUGCUGUACUUGGCUCUGUUAUAACAACCACUAUCACAAUACUGGAUGAUGAGGUCUCUGGUAGUCUUAUAUUACCAGCCCCACCAAUGGUUGUGUCUUUGUUAAAUUAUGAAGAUGUUGAACAGGGCAGUAAAAUAAAUCCUUCACCAGGUUAUCCUGUUGUCUGUAUCUCACCAUGUGAUGAACGCCAUCCAGAUUAUCAUAAAACUCAUAAAUUAUGCCAAGAAUCAACCAUUAACCAAUCAACUAUCAGAUACAGCUGGGAAGUUGCUAUGCCUACAGAUGAGAAAGGCUCUAGACCACCAUUUGUAACUAUAUCAGACAACACUUUGUUUACCAGUACAAACACAAUGGUACUUGACAGCAUAUAUUUCCGUCCAAGAUUUAACAUUCGCUGUGUUGCUCAACCUGUUCAUGAUAAUGGAAAUCCAGGAAUUCCCCUCAAAUCAAAACCAGUGGUGAUAGGUCAGAACAAUGGAUUAUGUAAAUCUCCAGUGUUUGGGCCACAUCCUUAUGGUUACCAAGCUCAAUCAUUUUUAGCAAAAUUGAACUAUUUACAACCAGAUGAUCUGGAGCAUCCAAACACCAUCCACAUUUCAGUCACAAUUCCACAUUCUGAUGGCAUGCUUCCAAUCAUUUCAACAUUCCCUAUUCACAAUCUAAGAUUCUUAUUGGCUGAUUCCAUAUAUAGACAACAACAUGUUUGUUCAAACAUCAUCACAGAUACAGAGAUGCUACCAUUGCUUUCUGGUAGUUUCCUUAGUAAUGGCAGUAAUGAUUAUCCAGUUUCUGUUGGGUCAGGAUAUGAUUUCCCAUACCAAUUUGAUGAAACUUUACGGGAACCAAAAACUUUGAGAUUGUAUAAGCACCUGAAUUUAAAAUCCUGCACCUGGCAAUUUGAUGCUUGGUAUCAUAUGACAGAUUUAGUGGACAUCUGUGGUGGCAGAAUUGUGUCUGAUUUUCAAGUUAAAGACUCAGGAGAAACACAUCUGACAGCACGUGUGCCACUGUAUGUAUCAUAUCUUUACACAAUAGCACCAAUUGGAUGGGGCUCUAUGGAACAUAGAACAGAAAUGGAUUUUUCAUUCUAUUAUGACUCCAUCUUGUGGAAGUCAGGUUUGGAAACAGAAGGGGAAAAUGGAGGAAGACUUCAGGUGCUACAAAUACAAAUUGGUGAUGAUGGAAAACUGGUUGUAAGAUUCAAAACAAAACCUAAAUUUAGAGGUCUAUAUGUAAUGAGACAUCAAACUUCAGAAGGAUUUGAAAGUCAUGUAUCACCACCAACAAAUCUGGGUGUAUCAUUUAAACUAGACCUCACCUGGUCUCAAGCUACCUAUGAUAGUCCUAUACAGAUGUGGACAGCUACUAGUAAUUUUAAUCUAAAGGAUUAUACUGGUAUAUAUGAGAUUAAUCUGUUACCAUGUACUGUCAAAUCACAUGAAAAAUAUCGCCUACAUUCUACUGAUGACAUUAUACCAUGUACAGCUCAACAACCUCAAAGAUUUGAAGUGCCAAUAGCUUUUCAACAAACUAAUCGACCAGUUCCAUUGGUGUAUUCACUUAAUACUGACUUCCAAUUGGCCAAUAAUCGUAAGAUGUUUUUAUUGGAUCCCAAGUCAGCCAUCAUGGAACCUGAAGACUGGGAAUUUAAUGGUGCAUUUUCUCAAGGAGAGAAGAUCUAUGGACGUGUUUUAUGGAAUCCAGAUCAAGAUUUAAAAUCAGCCUACCAGCUAUCUAUACAGAAAGUCUAUUUAUGUACAGGUCGUGAUGGAUAUAUACCAACAUAUGAUCCUACUGGUGAACAGUUUCAUAACGGACCUCAGUUUGGUUGUUUACAGCCCAAUAAUCAACUUAGAUACAGGUUUCUUAUUCUAGAUAGUGGAAACCCAGAAGUAGAAGUUAAAGAUUUUAAUGAAAUUCCAUUCCAAGCAGAAUUGGCUUCUGAGAAUCCAGAAUAUGCCCAGCUUACUGCUAUGCCUGGAGUAGAUGGAUUUGUUUUGAAUGUUGACCCUCUUUACAAGGUAACAAGUGGUCAUCAAUGGUAUUUACAAGUAUUGUAUACUAUUGGUCCAAAUGAUCAACAUAAUCUUCGAUUCAAACGUAGUGCUUUUGGAGGAAACAAUCCAGAUAGUAGAUUAAAUCAGGGUUUACAAAUGCUUAGGCACAGACGUGAUAUACGUCAACAACCAGAUUCAAAAUCAAAUAUUCAAAAUGGAACUAAUAUGAUAAUCCUACAGCUUGCAGCACCUCCUGAUAAAGAUUCUCCUACACCAAUAAUAAGUAUUCUUACACCAAUUCUAAUUCUUAUAUUCUUAGUGAUUAUAUGUGUGAUUAUUUUCAUUUUUGUGCGGAAAAGACGUAAAAAUAAAAAGGAUAAUACUCCAAUUGAGAUUAAACAAAAUAAUUUAGUUCUAGCCGAACAGAAACGUUUAUUAGAAAAUAAUGUGAAUUUUUCAAAAGAAACUAAAUCAGACAUUAAGCGUUGUUCGUCAGCAAGUAGAAUUUUAAAACACAGUGAUUCUAGUAAAAAUUUAAAACAUUCAGAAUCUAGUAAAAGCCUGCGUAGUUUAAAAUCUUUUGAACCGAAGACUACAGUUGUAGAAUUAGGAGAAAAGACUAAUAUUGUUAAACUGAAAGAUGUAAAUGUUACAAAUGGACGAAAUGUGGACACCCAUCCCAUUAAUACAGGCACUGGGACAGAGGUUUGA